AUGGAUGUCACCACACAGCUGUUCAACCUAAGGACUCGUGCAGCAUUGCUGCCCUCUGCUGGGGGGACCCAGAACUGCACCGGCCCAUUGUGGCAUUUGGGGCUCUCAGGCAGGCUGGUGCUGUCCGAGCAGGAGGCUCGUGUCCUGUCCCCACAGUUCGGGGUGGCUCAGCCCCUCCCCUGGGUGUUUUUUGCAGAGCUGAUGAAGGAAGCCAGAAGCGGGAAGAGCAUCCCGGAGGAUGUGGUGAAAAUGAUCUUCUCCAACAUCUCCUCCAUUUACCAGUUCCACGUCCUGUUUUUCCUGCCAGAGCUGCAGAAACGCAUGGAGGACUGGAGCUCCAAUCCCAGGAUCGGGGAUGUCAUCCAGAAGCUAGCCCCGUUCCUCAAGAUGUACGGAGAGUACGUGAAGAACUUCGAUAAGGCGGUUGAGCUGAUCACCACCUGGUGGGAGAAGUCCCCCCCCUUCCAGGAGCUCAUUGUGGACAUUCAGAAGAGGGAAGUCUGUGCUAACUUGACCCUGCAGCACCACAUGCUGGAGCCGGUACAAAGGAUCCCACGCUAUGAACUCCUGCUGAAGGAUUAUGUCCGGAAAUUACCUCCAGAGUCACCAGACCGGCAUGAUGCAGAGAAAGCCCUGGAAAUGAUUUUCUCUGCAGCCAAACACUCAAACGCGGCCAUUGCAGAAAUGGAGCGUUUGCAGAACCUCUGGGAGGUGUAUCGAAGGCUGGGGCUGGAAGAUGAUAUCGUCGAUCCUUCCAACGAGCUCAUUAAGGAGGGCCCCAUUCAGAAAAUCUCCUUCCGCAACAACACCACGUCGGAGAAGUAUCUCUUCCUGUUCAACAACAUGCUGCUGUUCUGCGUGCCAAAGGUCAUCCAGGUGGGGGCGGAGUUCCAGGUGCGCUGGCGGAUCGACGUGGAGGGCAUGAAGGUGCGGGUACUGAAGGAUGUGGAAUUCCCUCACUCCUUCCUGGUCUCGGGGAAGCAGCGGUCGCUGGAACUGCAAGCCAGGUCGCAGGAGGAGAUGAAUGCCUGGAUAAAGGCCUUCCAGGACGCCAUUGCCAAGAAAGAGAAGCAGAGCGAGAGCUUCAAGACAGCAGUUCACGGGCCUGAUGGGGAGGUCCAGGAAUUUGCUUUCAAGUCGGAGGAGCUGGGCCGACGGGCCCCGCAGUGGGUGCGGGACAAGCUGGUGACCAUGUGCAUGCGCUGCAAGGAGCCUUUCAACGCCAUCACGCGCAGGAGGCACCACUGCCGGGCCUGUGGCUACGUGGUGUGCGCCCGGUGCUCCGAUUACAGAGCUCCGCUGCAGUACGACAGGAACCGGCCCAACCGCGUCUGCCUGGAGUGUUACGUCUUCCUGACAGGGCAUCUGCUGCCCGAGGAACGAGAGGGGAAGAACAAGGGGAUCCUCGAGAAAGAAUCAGCGGAAAUCUCGGGGCAGAGCCUGAUGUGCAGUUUCCUGCAGCUGCUGGAUAAGAACGGGAAAGGGGGAACGCGGGGCUGGUUCGUGAUCCCACAGGACGACCCCCUGGUGCUGUACAUGUAUGCGGCACCCCAGGAUGUCAAGGCUCACACCUCCAUCCCCCUGCUGGGCUACCAGGUGAAGGAGCCGCCCCAGAGUGACCCCCGUCACCUCUUCCAGCUGGUCCAGUCCAAGCAGACCUACACAUUUGUGGCGGAGACGGAGGAGCUGAAGCAGCGCUGGAUGAAGAUCAUGGAGCAGUCAGCCAGGGGCAAUGCUCCUCUCUCUGGAGAAGAGGAGGAGGAGGAGGACGAUGACUCAUUCGAUGACCUGGAGUGAUUGGUGCUCUCGGCGACCUCUUCUAGACUGUCUAUGGAUGACUCCAGUCCUUCAUGUCGGAGA